AGGAGGAGGAGGAGAAGGAUGAGAAGGAUAACGAGCAGAGAGCUGCUGAGGUGUCAGACUUCCUCAGGACAACAAUGGAAAUCUAUAUGUCAGAUUCCUCGUUGCGUGUGGACAAGCUUCCUCUCCUGUCUGGGAUACUGGAUGACCUUCUAAGCAGCAUAGCCAGCGGAGACAAGCCUACCUCUGUCCUGAAGCAGCUCUACAAUCUCAAGGCAUUUGUCCAGCAAAAAGAGUCAGACAGACUGGAAAAGGCGCUGGAGGAGCUCUGUAACACUUCUUCUCUGUCUGCAGAGGAAACCACUGCAGUCGUUUCACUGUUCCAAUACUGGAUCACAGACAUUCUUCCCAUGCAGGGAGACAAGAAGACAAGGCUUUCUACAAUGCACCCAUGAGACUGCCAGUCACAGUGAAACAGAGACUCCAGUGAAGGAUUAUUUCCAUCACUUUAGACAAGAAAGUUCUGGAAUAUACCAAGUUGCACACUGUUGGACUUUACAUGAUGUUAUUUAGAAUAUUUUUAUAAUUAAAUGUUUUUUGAUCUA